CUCGCUUCCCUAGCUUCCUUGUUUAGAGCGCUACAAGUAAUGGAUAUCAACAUCUUGUUGAUUUUAAUUGCGCAAGAUGAAUGUUCGAUUUCAAAGUCACCAAUCAUGUUGCUUGUCUUCUACCGACGAUAUGACAAUAAACAAGUAAUCAAACUAUUUCUUAAUUGUCUUUCAGUCAGUUGUCAUUUUCUUUGCGCCAUCCACUUAAGCUGACCACUUCCCUGAAAGGUGCUAGCGGCAUCCCGGUCUUUAACAAAUCAUUUACAUGACCCUGUUUUAUACAUAAUGAAUGUAGAGCAAGCAUGGCUAAAAUUCAUUUAUCAUUUUGUUUAUCAUUGCAGCGAAUGAUGCUCACUUCAGUAACACUGAAUCUAGACUGAAUAUGGCAGAUGCAACUUAUCACAUCGCAAAUGUUUUCACAGUAGGAGUGAUAACUCUUCUUGCUAUCCUAGGUAAUAUUAUUGUCGCCUACGUUUUGAUUAAGCGUUGGAGAGUACUUCUUCAAAACCGUCCAACUUACCAGUUUAUUCUGAAUCUGGUCCUGUCGGAUCUCGUGGUUGGUAUAUUCCUUUGCCCUCUUGAAUUCAUACGGCGACUCACCGGUACAUGGAUGUUCGGGACAGCCCUUUGUAAAAUCGUCGCUUUCGUCCAAAUCUCGGCGUCCGGUACAGCUGUUAUGUUUCAUACACUUAUCGCCGCUGAUAGAUAUCGUUGUUUGGCCCAUCCCCAUCUCCCCAAGCUCAAACCAAGACUCGUUUGGCGGCUGAUAGCGCUGUCAUGGGGAGUUCCUGCCUUGGUGGCCACUCCAUAUCUGUACAUGUUUCAAAUUGUCCAGGUUAAUGUCUACCAAAUGUGCACGCCACUUGCCAUUCCACUGUCAUGGCUCGACAAAUUUUACGAAGCUGUUGAGUUCGGUGUGGCCUACCUAUCUCCUUUCUGUAUCAUAUGCUGGUGUUAUUACCACGUGAUCCAAAUAACACUUGGAAGGCAACCUCGCGGUUCAGGAUCGGCACAGGGACCUACUGCACAAAUUGCUCUUCAACGAAGCAGAAGGCGAGUCACGAAAACGGCCUGCUUGAUCAUGGUGGCUUUUAUUACCUGCUGGUCCCCGACAUUUGUCUUGAGUAUUUGGAGAAUUGCCUCCGGCACAGAAAGUGUACAUCAUGGCCAUACACUGUAUGAAGUUUCCUUUUUUGGAACACUUAUUAACGAAGCCAUCAAUCCAAUCAUUUACAGUGUAUAUGACCAGAACAUGAAUGUUUGUGGUUACAUCUUUUGCGGCCGUCGCGUCUUCAACGAGUCGGUAAAUGAAGCUGCAUCAAGUGGCGUUAGAUCCAACGUCAGGAUCCACAAAUGUGGCAGUAAAAACACAAUAAGGCAGUUGCAAUUUGAGGGACCAUCUUAAGAAUUGCCUGAUAGUUUUUCUUU